AUGUCUGCUGGUUGGCCAAUUACUAGUGAGGGCGAGUGUGCUGGUGCAGAUUCCGAUAUCGAGUUCUGGGGACCUUUAGGAUAUAAAACAAUUGAUGAUAGUUUUGAAGACAUUUCUUGUCUUCUGAUUCUUAUUCAAGACUUUUAUAAAUCAAAGGGAGUGCAAGUCGAUCUGUUCACAAAUGUAUGUCACCAAUACACUUUCAUGGUAAACAACUUCUUAGGAAAAGUAAUUCUUUUCUUUGAACAUGAGAAUUCUAUAAUGGUAAAUGGUCAGCUCAAACCAAAGGUAGUUCAUAUGGUGGAAGUCAAUGAGUUGGUUAGUCUUGUAGUGUCAGAUGCAACUGGCAACACUCAGUCAGUCUCUGCUUCAGCUACUGUUCUGCUUCAUGAUCUCCCUAAUGUGAAACACAGCCUUCUUAACCAGUAUCUUACAAUAUCAGAGGUCAAGUACUCCCCUUCUGCAACUUUGCCACAGACUAUCAAGGUCUUUCACAAAGAAGAUGCCCAAGCAAUGAUAUUGCAUGUUGAAGAUACAAUCAACAACCAAUGCAACAAACUAGCCUUUUGA